UACACCAUUGAAGUCGGAUAAAACUGCCAUUGGUGCACUUGCGGCCGGCAACGCGAGUACGUAGCAAACAGCAGAUAAAUAUAUCUCACGGUCAUCAGCUAACAAAAACAACAGCUGGCCUUCCGUCUCAUGUCACCAUCGAGUGUGUCUCCGGCCAGUGCUCCGACCGCGACCGUCAGACCUUGGCCCAAGUUCUUGACAUGAUUGAAAACGAUCCCGCAGCCACCCAGGGCUGGGACAUCACCUCGUUUGUGGAGAUUGAAAACGGUCCCGCCAAGCAUGAAAAGUACGGCAUCAGCUUGGCUCGUCGCCAGGACGCCGUCAAGAACGAGACCGACUUGAUCGACCUUGACCUUGCUAAGAUUCACCACUGCAUCGCCACCAACUGUUCUAGCGAAGCCCUUGACGGCAUCAAGCACGAAAUCAGCACCUCUACUCUUCGCUGGCUCUGGCCUAUUUUGGGUAAACUUAAGGGAUUUAAGUUCAAUUAUGGCCUUGAAUAUACUAGGCAGUAGAUAUUCGAAAUGUACCCCGUUGAAUGAAAGACAGCACGGUGUUUUGACCCUCUAAUUUUGACAGUAUUGAUGAUGCUUCUAUUGGUUAUAUGUACUGCUUGUUCGCAUGCUUGUUCGUAUGCAUGUAUGCA